AUGGCCGUGCCAGCGGCGUACUGGAGGGAUGAGGGCUACCCAGGUUUCUCAAAAUGGAUGGCCUCGUCCGACGACUUCCUCGUCUUGCGGCGGUUCGGCCAGCUCAACGUCCGAGUCUUGCUUCUCAUGCAAGAUCGCAUCGUCAGAAAGGAAGAGCAACUGGCAAAUAUCGAUGCCCAUGGCCGAUUGUCUGCUGACAAGGCAGACAGCAGCUCGCUUCGCCUGGAACCAUUGCCCGAGCGAGAGGCCAUCCUCGAUGAACUCAAGGUGAUGCUCCACGAAUAUAACGAAUACAUACUCGCCUUCUCUCAGAUCAGGAGCUGGCGGUCCGCUCAGGAUCGUCAAGUUGAGAACAUCGAGAACUGGUUCUACAACCACCCGUACGCCAUCGACUCCAAGGAGCAAGAGUUCGUCCGGACGGGCAGAGACAUUGUCGCCCCGGCGAGCAAGCCGAAGCCAUCCGUGCGCCUAAUGAUGGAGCGCUGUGCGCCGCUCCUGCACAGCCGGAUGUUCCGCGUCAAGCCAAAGUCAAACCAGACACAGUCGGGCACGACACUUUACUUUAGCAACACCCGCUUCGACGCAUUUGUGACCCUGACGGUCAUAGCCGCCGGCUUGAUGCUUCUUCUUGGCCCCAUGUGGUGGCUGCAAUUUGUCGCCGACUCGGUCAAGAGGCUGGGCAUCAUCACCGGCUUCAUCCUACUAUUUACGGGCCUGUUGGCAAGUGCCACGGUGGCUAAGCCAUUUGAGGUCAUGGCUGCUACUGCUGCAUACUCGGCUGUGCUGAUGGUCUUCCUCCAGAUUGGUGGCUCUGCAGGCAAGUAG